AUGCUCCAAGUUUUGCGUAGUAGCUUCCACGACAGUUAUUCUGUCCAUUGUCUCAGUUUCAUAACUUCAGAAAUAGCACCAGCCAAGAAUAGUCACUUGCAACUUUCGUCUGAAAAUAUAGACUCACACGUUGGCAUGCCGGAAUGCCCAACCCACAGUUGCAGAGUUCUUCGCUCCAGACACACUAGACCUACCAAUGACGUAUUUCAUGUCAGGCGAACAAUAGAUUGCCUUUUAAGACAAAUGCAAAGUUUAGCAAAUAGCCGAGAGUUACCCUUUGUUAGUCCACACAGACCGUUGUACACUGUAACGAUAGUCUAUUUUUACAAUAUUUUGAUUACCUUAUGUUUUCUUGCAUUUUGUGAUCUUGUUUCUCUUGUGACCUCUAUCCUGGGAUUUGUGUCUUGUGACAUUUUCUGUCUGCAUUCCUCUGUUGUGCUUGCCACCUGGUUUGAUGGCUUCGGUUGA